CUACUCCACCACAACACUAGAGAACAGGAAGCUGAAAUUCCUGCUGUUCUCCUCAGCAGCAGAUCCUCAUCACCGUGCUACGGUUUCUGUGCUGCGGAGUCCCUUCAGUCCAAUUGCGACGUUCUCAGUGACCCCGAAACCUCCUGAAGUAUUCCCGUCCUUCUCGCAACAGCAUUUAGGACACCGGGGUCUCUUCUCCAAACGGCGAGGUCGUUGGUUCUAACAUCCUCUCGGUUCAAGUUCGCUCCCGCCUGACCAUGGCGACGGAUUUAACGCUGAGCCGGGGGGUUGCUGUUUUGCAAGCAGCGCGACGGGAAAAUACGCAUUUCCUCUCAUUCAUCUCCGCGUCGCCUGUAGCUGGAAUGCUGAACAAGCCUGCCGCAUCUCGCGCUAUCGCGCUCGCCAACGCCCCACGCGUCCGAAUCAUCGCGAGAGCCAGUCCGGGCCUUGGCUCCGACAACGACUCUGACGGCCUCUCCGGCGGAUGCGGCGCCGGGAGCAGCAGCACCGGGAGCAGCGCUGGGCGUGCGUCUAGCCCCCAGCGCUCCUCCAGCUUUGCCGGCGGAAGCGGAAGCAAGAGCGGAAGCGUAAGCGGGAGCGGGAGCGGAAGUGCCCAGGGCGGAAAGGUUCUUCCGCCCGCCGCUCACGGUAGCGUGACCGGAGCGACCGUCGCGCUGGAGAAAGGCGCGGAGACGGAGGACGAGACGACGCGGAGGGCAGGGGUCGGCAAAGGGGAUGGGGAGAGACGGCGGCAGCAGCAGCAGCAGCAGCAGAGGAGGCGGGCAGCGGCGGCGGAAGGGGUGGAGGAGGAUGUGAAAGUGGAGGCGGACGGUGACGUGGAGAAGUAUGUCGCGACGUACAACCGAUGGGUCCGACUGGGCGGCAGGCUGGACAAGUGCGUCAAUCUUCUAGAGCAGAUGCAUCAGCAUGCCCUCUUUGACCCCAACCAGAUCUACCACAACCUCUUCUUCUCCAUGUGCAAGUCCGAGCGCGCCGUGGCGUCGGCGUUCCGCUUCGUGGCGCUGCUGGAGUCCGCGGGUGCGGCGCAGCUGUCCACGUACAACCAGCUGCUCUCCGUCUGCUCGCAUUGCGCCGAUGUCACAUCGGCGCAGCGGGUGCUGCGCAUGGUGCAGGCGUCGCGGUGGCGCGCGGACACGGCGCUGUACACAGCGCUCAUUGCCGCCUGCUGCAAGGCCGCCAAGCUCGACCUCGCCUUCAAGGUGUACCAUGACAUGGAGGCGGCAGGGGUGCAGCCCAACGUGCGCACGUUUGGCACGCUGGUGGACGGGUGCGCCAAGCAGGGCCAUGUGGCCAAGGCCUUUGGCGCGUACGGCAUCCUGCUCUCCAAGGGUCUGAAGCCCGACCGGGCGAUCUUCAACGCGCUGAUCACGGCGUGUGGACGCGCGGGCAGCUGGGAGCGUGCGUUUGACGUGCUGGUGGACAUGCGCGCCGAGGGGCUCACCCCCGACCACGUCACCAUGGGCGCUGUCAUCGCCGCCUGCGCCAACUGCGGCCAGGUGGAGCGGGCAUUGGAGGUGUAUGAGGAGAUGCGGGCAGGCGGGGUACGCCCCUCUCUGGAGGUUUACACGGCCGCCGUGCAUGCAUGCAGCCAGACAGGCGACCUGCCACGUGCCCUGGCCGUGUACCAGCACCUCAAGCAGCAGGGGGUCAAGCCGGAUGAGAUCCUCUUCAGUGCGCUGAUCAACGUGGCAGCGCAUGCCAACAAGCCUGACGCGGCCGUGGCACUGCUGCAGGAGAUGCGUAGGGCGCGCGUGCAGCCAGGCACUGUCACCUACGCAGCCCUUAUGGGCAUGUACAACAGGCUGGGUCUGAUGGACGAGGCGUCGCAGCUGUAUGCGGAGGUGAAGGCCAAGCAGCAGCAGUCAGCCAUGCUGCGGCCCUCCGUGUCCAUGUUCAAUGCGCUCAUCACCUCGCUCUGCCAGCAGGGGUGUGUGGAGGAGGCGCUGGCAGCCCGGCAGGACAUGCGGGGCAUGGACCUCAAGCCGGACAAGACAACCUACGCCCUCCUCAUCGCCGCCUGCAAGGAACGCAGCAUGGUGGAGCGGGCGUUUUCCCUCUACCACGAGGCUCAGGUGGACGGGGUGCGCAUCGGCCAUGCCAUCUGCGACAGCAUGAUCGAGAUAUGCCUGGAGCAGCACAGGGCGGGUGCGCCCAAGCCGUCCUUCUCUUUUGUCAUCGGCCAUCUCCCUAUGGCCUUUGACCUCAGGCACCCUGACAACGACUGGGCGGAGUGUGGCCUGGCCGUGUACCGCCAGAGCGUGGCCUGCGGCGUCAUCCCCACUCUCAACCUCCUCUCGAAACUCCUCUGCCUCCUGCGCGCCCCAGACUCCUCCUCCUCCUCCGUCUCCCCCUUGGCGUCCCCGUCGCCCGCUAGCCCACAUAUGCCCGUCUCCAUGCAUGCAGCAGGAGAGGAAGAAAGUGGUCAGUCUGCUGCGCCCUUUCCCCCAUCAUCAUCAUCAGCAGCAGCAGCAGCAGCAGCAGAAGCAGCAGCAGAAGCAGCAGCAGCACCGCCGCCUCCUGCCUUUGCGUCGCGCCUGCCUCCUUCGCUCCCCUCGUCUGGUUUCGCAUUGAGUCCAGCUUCUACUAGCAGCAGCAGCGGCAGCAGUGCCUUCACUGUGCCAGAAACUGCAGCCAACAACCUAGAAUCGGCUUCAGCAGCAGCAUCAGGAGCAGCGUCUGCAGUGUCUGCCCUCUCUUCUUCUCGCAGCAGCAGCAGUGCAGGCAGUGCGACGUCGCCCCUGGCAGAUGUGUUUGACCUCUAUGAGCCUCUUGCCUACUCACUCUAUGAGGAGGCAGAGGUGCUAGGAGCGGUGCCUGUGCUCUCCUCAACCGCUGGACCCAUCUCCCUGCGAUUCACGGGAUACCCGCCAAACCUUGCAGAGGUGUGUGUGUUGGUGCUGCUGCGAGGACUGCUUAAGAAGUACCGAGCAACCCCGGGCAUGAAGAUCUUCCCCAUUGCGCUGCACCUGCCAGUGGAGUCAGUGGAAGUCAAACCCCUAAAGCGCAGGGCCGCACACGCACUGCAGAUUGCGUCCAGGACGUCCCAAUCAGUGGCAGCAUUGCUGCGUCGCCUCGGCCUGCCCUACUUUGGCUACGAGUCCUCCGGUGUCCUGCGCGUCACUGCCAGCGCUAUCACCCGCUGGCUGCGCCUGCGCCCACACACCCCCACCUCACCCCCUCUCGCACACAUCCUCACCGGCAUCUCUUCCCCAGCCGCUGCCCCCGGCUCGCCCACUUCCGCCUCCUCCCCUUCCACCUCCCCAGCUUCCCCCUUUGGGUCUAUCCCUGUCGUGAACCCCCUGGGUCAUCCUGUGGGCUCCGCACGUGUUGGUCUGGGAUCGGGUAUUCUCCAGCAGCAGCGGGCGAUUCGCAUGCGCGGUGCUGCUGCCGCUGCUGUCAACCAAAUGCAGCAGCAGCAGGCGCAGCAGCAGGCGCGGCACCGGCAGGCGCAGCAGCAGCAGCAGUGGGGGGAGGAGUCUAGUGAGGAUGAGGAGGGGGAGGGACGGGGAAGAAUGGGGAGGUAUGGAGCAGCAGCAGGGGCGCAACGGAUGACUGUGGGGGGGGCUGCUGUGAGGAAGUCUCUGCAGCGGUGGUCUCCUGAUGCGCAGUUGUCUGGAAAGAAGUGGGAGAGGGCGUUUGCAGGGUGGGAAUCGGACACAGAUGAGGACGACGAGUUAAUUUUCCAGCAGGGGUUCAAGCACUAGUGUGAGCUGCUGAAAGCAGAGGUGAUUUGAUUGAGACGAGGUCGAGUUGGAGGAGAGGCCUUGCUGAAUUUAAAUGCUGCUGAGAUUUGCUGGUGCUGGUAGUAGCUUGAAAGAGCUGGUGCAAGCAAUCCAAGCUCGUACUGCUGGGCAUCAGCCAUGGAGCGCGGGUGUGUGGCCUGGUUGUGUAUGUGCAGUGCAGUGCAGUGCCAUCUGCUGUUUGGGGUGGUGAUGAUGAUGCCAUGGGCCAUGGCAAGUCCUUAUGAAUUAUAAUGGCAGGCAUGCGCCUUCAUGCCAGGGGACAUGGUCUUCCCCACAGCCAUUGGUGAUACCGGCUGGGUUUUCCGUUCUCCAUACUGGCAAUUGCGUUUCAGUCUGGCAUGGAUUUGUUUUAGAAUUUUGUAUCACCUGGCAUGCUGCGCCAUGAUUCACUAGAUAGCUUAUUUAUUGUUGAGCUCCCAUAAACGUGAUAUUUCGCA